UAUUUUGGUGGGGAGGUACUUCCUGUCUGGUCAGCGGCGUGUUCAUGCGAGUCAGCUGGUUGUGGGGGUCGGAGCUAAAAGUACAUUCGGGAGUUUGUUCAAAGUGUGGGUUCCUGCAGCAGUCUGAUGAUGUCAUCGGUUAAAGUAGAGUGCGUGAUAAAGGUGGGCGCUCUGAUUGGAGAAGGGCCGCUGUGGGAGGAGUCCCAACAGACGCUGAUGUUUGUCGAUAUCGCCGGGCAGAAAAUCCACCGCUGGAGGCCAACGACCAAUCAGAGCGAGUCUGUGGAGACAGCGGACUUCGUGAGCUUCGUGGUUCCUCGUGUCUCUGGGGGUUACCUGGCAGGCAUGGGUCGCAGCAUCGUGGCUGUUGAAUGGUCGACUCAGAUGAUGACAUCACUGGUGGAGCUGGACGAGGACAAACCGAACAACCGUCUGAACGAUGGGAAGGUGGAUCCGAGAGGACGCCUGCUGGCAGGUACAAUGGGGAGGGAGAAGCGACCGGCGGAGGUUCAGAGACAACAAGGGUCUCUAUUCUCUGUGACCUCUGACCUCUCUGUGACCAAACACCUGACACAGGUGGACAUCUCUAACGGGAUGGACUGGUCUCUGGAUCAGAAAACGUUUUUUUACAUCGACAGUUUGUCUCUGACCGUCGACGCUUUCGACUACGACUCAGACUCUGGACGUCUCGGUAACCGGCGUGUUGUGUACCACCUGGCCGAGGGGGAGGGGCUUCCUGACGGGAUGACGGUGGACGCGGACGGUCGUCUCUGGGUGGCGAUUUAUAACGGAGGGCGAGUGCUCAACAUCGACCCCGAAACCGGUGUGUGUCUGCAGACUGUUUCUCUGCCGGUGACAAAGACCACUUCCUGUUGUUUUGGGGGUCCGGACUUCUCCGACCUUUACGUGACCUCAGCCAGUCUUGGCCUGGACCAAUCAGAGCGGAGGAAGCAGCCGCUGGCCGGGGGGGUCUUCAGGGUCUCAGGACUUGGGGUCAAAGGUCGUCCCUCAGUCUCGUUCUCUGGAUAAACCUCAGCUGUCUCAAAUCAUUGACUCUUAUCACAUUAUGAUAAACUGUGAUCUAUAUACGGAGGCAGCCAAUCAGAGAGGAGGACACUGUGACAGCCAAUCAGAGAGGUGGACACUGUGAGAGCCAAUCAGACUGGAGAAAUUAUACCUAUUUUAUGUAACUUUGUAUAAUAAUGAAGAUAAUGAUCUGCAGCUGAGGAUUAUGGGUAAUGUAGUGAAUGUAACCACACCAAUGAUAAAUCAGUUUGAAAUAAAGAGAGCGUCUCGUAGA